AGUGCAGUUGACGACGAACGAGUGAUGUUGUCUAAACGUUUCAGAAGGCAGAGAAAACCAAAAUUGUGUUUUCGACUCUUCUCUCAAAUUAAUUGUUUGCAUUGAUUCCAAGAAAAUACGUUUCGUCAUCACCAACUUACAGAUUCAGAUCUGCAAAUUUCGUUUCUCCAUCUGAUUUCCUCUCCAGUUCUUGCAAAAAUUUGGUGCAAAAUCCUAUUAUUUUGAUCAUAUACCGGGAUUUAGGAGCCAUUUCGGGUUUCUGGAGUUCUGGUGUUUGAAUAAUGUGGAGCUCGAUAGCUAAUUUUAAAGAGAAUUUGAAUAAGAUAGCUCUCGAUGUGCACCACGACGAUGACGAAGAGGAAUUCGCGAUUUAUGGCUCCAAUGGAGGGGAUGGUGAUGUCUCUGUUUCUGAUCGGAGGAACUCGCAUAGCUUUGCUCAUUCGAAUUCGGUGACGUGGUCGCCGAUUACGAAUGGGAUUGAGGAUGCUCGUCACCCUGAGAUUGAACAAUACAAAACGGAAAUUAAGAGGCUUCAGGAAUCUGAGAGGGAUAUUAAAUCAUUAUCAAUGAAUUAUGCUGCUUUGCUAAAGGAAAAAGAGGAGUUAAUCUUACGAUUGAACAAGGAAAAUGGCUGGCUAAAACAAAAUUUGGACGCCACAAAUUCACCUAGAGAUGAAAGUUCCAAAUCAUCAGCAAAUGGAACUAAUGAUGUGAAGGGAAGUGAUCAAUCACCUAGCCAACUGCGUAGGGGGAAGAACCGACGUAAUGGUAUUAUAUCUAAGCAGGAUGGAAUUACUAAUGGAGCUUCACAUUCUGGAAAACUUGAUCACCAGUGUAAGAUGAUACCAGAACAUUCAACUUCACGGGUAAAGGAUACGGAGCUUGCGGAUUUGCAAGAAGGGAAUAUUGGAUCACCACAAGAUGUGCAAGCUACUCUUGAGAUGAAACAAUUAAGGAAGGAGCUUCAUCAAGAACGGGAACAGUUAGCAGAUAUGCAACUAAGAUUACAAGAGGAGCAAAAAUUGAACAAAAAGUUCCAGGAAGAGUUGAACUCUCUGAUGAUGAACAAGGACAAAGCAUCUUUGGAGAUGAGCAACAUUCUAAGAGAACUUAAUGAGAAGAAAUUAGAAGUAAAGAAGUUGCAUGUUGAGUUGAAUAGAAGAGAGAAUACGAAGUCUGAUGAUAAUGUGGAGGCAUUGAAGAGAUUAGUUGCAAAAUUGGAGAAAGAAAAGAGUACUCUGGAGAUGGAAAAAAAUGAACUUAAAGAUACAUUGGAAAAGAGCCGAAAAUCCUCAAGUGUUGAAAGCCCAUCAAGUUCUUUAGAAAAGGCGAAUCGGCACCUAAGUGGUUCUAGUGAGAAAUUAGGCCCAUUUGGAAUUCCCCCCGGAAAAGAAGAUACGGAUCUAUCAUUGCAAAAAUUGAAGGAAGAUUUGAAGGAUAUACAGCAAGAGAGAGACAAAGCAGUGCACGAACUAUCACGUCUCAAGCAGCAUUUAUUGGAAAAGGAAUCUGAGGAGUCAGAAAAGAUGGAUGAAGAUAACAGAAUUAUUGAAGAACUUCGGAAAAAUAAUGAACAUCAAAGGGGCCAGAUAUUGCAAUUAGAGAAAGCAUUGAGUCAGGCAAUUGCAACUCAGGAGGAGGUUGAGAUGUAUACGAAUAAUGAACUCCAGAAAUCUAAGGAACUUAUUGAAGACCUUAACAGAAAAGUUGCAAACUAUAUGAGUAUUAUAGAUUCCAAGAAUAUUGAACUUUUGAAUCUUCAAACUGCACUCGGCCAGUACUAUGCAGAAAUUGAAGCUAAGGAACACUUGGAGAGUGAUUUGGCUCGGGAAAGAGAAGAAGAAGCUAAAUUGUCUCAAAUGUUAGAAUUGGCUAACCAAAGAGAGGAUGCAUUAAAGAAGGAGAAGGAAGAAAUUUUGGCAAAGCUUUCAUUUUCUGAAAGUGCAUUGGUAGAAUGGAGAAGCAGAGUAAAUAAACUUGAGGAAGAUAAUUCAAAGCUGCGCCGCGCACUUGACCAGAGUAUGACAAGGCUGAAUAGGAUGUCAGUGGAUUCAGAUUUUCUUGUUGACAGGCGUAUUGUGAUCAAAUUACUGGUGACGUACUUCCAGAGAAAUCACAGCAAAGAGCCAAAUUCUCUGCGGUGGUUCAAAGGUUGUUCUGUAGAGUCUAGCAUUUUUCAUAAACGGAGGAUUGAAGCAAGAAAAAUUUGGCAGCUUCAUAAUGGAUCUAUAUUCUAGGGAGAUCUCCAUUUUAAUUUUGAACUAAAGCUGUUUAAGAACUUCUACAACAAGUGGUCAUCUUCAGUGGCUCCUGUUGCUCUGAAAAACGCACCAAACAAAAGACACAGCUCUAUGAGUAUUUUUUUGUUGCGUUGUCUGAAGUCUUAAUGCUUUCAGAAUUCAGGAAAAGGUAUUCCAUAUAAGGAUUUGCACAUUUUGGGGUAUCUAUCCUUCCAAGCACCAUAUCCAAACGCACAUUGAGGCUAGAAAAUACCCCACUCAGCCUUGCACACUUUCAUACAGACUCGUUUUCCCUUUCCAAAUUUUCAUCCAAUCAGUUCUUGUGCUUUGCAUCUGCAGGUCUUGGAUCUUAUGGUCCGUAUGCUUGGAUUUUCUGAAGAUGACAAGCAGAGGAUAGGAGCUGCUAGACAAGGUCCAAGCAAGGGCGUUGUACGUGGAGUUUUGGGCCUCCC